AUGAUCACUGGCCUGCUGGCAGAGGUGCUCCGAGACGCCGGCUUUGACCCCUCCACCCUCUCGCAGCGGGGCAAUGUCAUCGAUACGCCCAGCGGCCCCCUGUUCGGUAAGACGGCACGGGGCUCUUCGGCAGCGCAAGUACGGGGCGAAGCCGCUUCCCUCGCCGCUAUGCGUCUCACAGCGCCCGACGGACUAGUCCCACGAUGCUGGAGCAAGAACAAGGACGGGCAGACGGCAAUGGCAUGCGAGUACGCCCGCGGAGGUGGGGACAAACGUAUGAAGGAACUCGGCGAGAGGGUGGCCAGGAUGCACUCCGUGCCUAAUGACCAUGGCGACCACGCGUACACUGGCAAGUUUGGGUUCGGCAUACCAACACACUGCGGCGCGACGGAGCAGGAUAACACCUGGGAUGGGGACUGGGGACGCUUCUUUGCUGAUCGGCGCCUGGGCGACCUCGUGCGAAGGCUGGGAGAUCCGACGAUCACAAAGGAGUGGGAGAAACUCAAGGAGAAAGCUGUCCCGCUCCUCCUGAACGACUUCGACCCACCAGCAAAGCCAGUCCCGCUGCACGGCGACCUGUGGUCCGGCAAUGUCUGCCAUACCUCGAACGGCGGGGUCAUCUUCGAUCCAGCGGGGUACUACGGACAUGGUGAAGCGGACCUCGGUAUCGCGAGGAUGUUCGGAGGUGAGUAA